UUAUCCCAAAAACGAAAAGGAAAAUCAGGGAUGGAAGGCCAAGAGCACAUUGUGAUGCUGCCAUUUAUGGCUCAAGGCCAUCUCAUACCAUUCCUUGCACUGGCAAGGAAAAUCCAACAAAGAACAGGAUUCACAAUCACCAUUGCCAGCACCACCCUCAACAUCCAAUACCUCAGUGCAACCAUUGCCUCAACCUCAAACUCUCAAUCGGACUCCAACAUCCAUUUGGCUGAGCUUUCAUUCUGCAGUACAGACCAUGGCUUGCCCCCGAACGCCGAGAGCACGGAGGACUUGCCUCUAAGCAAAAUAGGAGAUUUUGUUGCUGCAUCAACAAGUCUUGAAGCUCCUGCUCACCGCCUAAUCUUGGAUAUCAUCGCAAAAGAAGGCCGCCCACCACUUUGUAUUGUCUCUGAUAUGUAUUUUGGAUGGGCAGCUAAUCUUGCAAACAACUUAAGCACUGUGCAUGUGACUUUCACUACAGGUGGUGCCUAUGGCUCUGCAGCCUUGGUGUCUAUUUGGCUUAGCCUCCCACACCGUUGUACAGCUUCAGAUGAGUUCCCAGUGCCGGGGUUUCCAGAGAGUUAUCUUUUUCAAAUCUCUCAGUUGAAUCCAUAUUUAAAAGCUGCAGACGGUAAAGAUUCUGGCUCUAGAAUUUUUCAGCCCCAGAUUUCACUUUCUACUAAAUCUUUUGGUUGGCUGUGUAGUACUGUUGAGGCAAUUGAGCCCUUUGGAUUGGAGAUCUUGAGGAAUUACUUGAGGCUUCCUGUUUGGUCCGUUGGACCUCUUCUUCCUACAGAUGCACUAAAGAACUCAUCGACUUUGGAUUCAAGUGUUUCAAGGCAACGUGCAGGAAAAGAGUUGGGCAUACCUGCCGAAACAUGCCUUAAAUGGCUCGAUUCGCAUGGUUCGGAUUCUGUUAUCUACAUCUCAUUUGGUUCCCAGAACACUAUCAGCGCCACCCAAAUGAUGGAGCUGGCUAUUGCUUUAGAAGAAAGUGGAAGGCCUUUUAUUUGGGUCAUAAGACCUCCUGUGGGAUAUGACAUGAAGGGAGAGUUCAGGGCAGAGUGGUUGCCCCAAGGAUUCGAAGAUCGAAUGAGCAAAAGAAAACAAGGGUUGUUGGUGCACAACUGGGCACCGCAGUUGGAGAUUUUGUCACACAAGUCCACAAGUGUGUUUGUUAGCCAUUGUGGAUGGAAUUCAGUGAUGGAGAGCUUAAGCCAGGGCGUGCCAAUUAUAGGGUGGCCAUUGGGAGCAGAGCAGGCAUUUAAUUCAAAGAUGUUGGUGGAGGAGAUGGGUGUGAGUGUGGAGCUGACAAGGGGAGGGCAGAGUGAUAUUGCUCGGAAGGAGGUGAAGAGACUGAUAGAUUUGGUAAUGGACAAAAGUGGCAAAGGAGGAGAAAUGAGGGAAAAGGCUUGUGAAAUUAAGGAGCAGAUAAGAGCAGCAAUAAGAGAGGAGGCUGAAGACAAGGGAUCUUUUGUUAAGGCAAUGGAUGAUUUUGUUGCUACCAUUCUAUCAACCAGACAAGGAUUAUAAAAUUCAAAAAGUGUAUUAUUUGUUAGGUCUUCUC